AUGAGUUCGUUGAGUUCGUCCCGCGCUAGCCAACGGCCGGUCUCAGCCGACCUGGCCGGCAGCAUCUACCUGAUCACGUCCGACGGAAAGACGCUCAAGCUGCCCAUGCCCAGCAACUCGCCAUACGAUCCGCUUAACUGGAGCCCUCGAAAGCGAAUCGUUGCUCUAUGUGUUAUCGCGCUGUACUCGGUGGUUUCCAUGAUGGAGACCCAGGCUGCUAGCCUGAUGUAUCGUUCGCUUGCUGCCGAGUUUAACGCAGGGCAACCUGACAAAUACCCGUUGAAUAUCCUCGUCUCGACGCCUAGCACCAUCUUCCUCGGCCUCGGUGCCUUCUUUUGGAUUCCGCUGUCAGUGGCUUUGGGAAGGCGACCGGUGUUCCUCCUUGCUUCGGUCUGCUUGACUGUCGCUACCGUCCUUGCAGCAAACGCCUCUGGUUUCUACCAACUCCUUGCGGCGCUGAGUCUGCAAGGGUUUUCUGCGGGCUUGAGCUUGAGCGCUGCAAUGCUCAUGGUCAUUGAUCUCACUUUCAUUGACGAGCGACCGAACGCGUUGGGUUUCUUCUGGAGCGUGGGAUGUGGCCUCGGUCUUCUCUCGCUACCAAGUGUCACUGCUCUCUCCGAAUCAGGAUGGAGGGCGUUCUACACAGCCUGGGUGGUUCCCUGCCUAGCCCUUCUCGUUUGCGUCUUUUUCUUCUUCCCCGAGACCUACUUCGUGCGACCGGCCAUAGCAUUUGACGGCCACGUCCUUGUACAAGGAGGCUCAGAGAAGAUCCAGAUGUACGACGACUGGGAAGCAAUCCCGGGCGGCAAGGCUGCUGCCAUCGCCGCAGUCACCGAAGUGCCCCCUCCUGAGACGAUGUGGUCGACGAUGGUGCGUCAGUGGGGAGUUCGCAAGGGCGGUGCUGGCUUCAGAGAGAUGUGGAAUUGCUACUUGCAGACACUGCUGUGCGCGGCCAACCCCCUCGUCUUCUGGGUUGCCAUCCUCAACGCCCUCAACUUCGGCGCCAUGAUCUUCAUCGGCGAGACAUACGCGAUGGUGAUGGCGCAACCGCCGUACAACCUUCCGGAGCGCGUCAUCUCCAUGGUGAAUCCCGUUGCAGCAAUCGGAUCAUUCCUUGCUUGGCCUGUGUCGACCAUCCUGACAUCCCGGGUUGCUCGGCGCCUCACACUCCGCAACGGCGGCAUACGCGAUGCGGAGCACUACCUCAUCGCAUUCCUACCCGCUGUACUUGCCGGCGCAGGCAGCGUAUUCGUCUACGGCCUCACGGUAAACUACAAGUGGAACUUUAUCUGGAUCUUUGUUUCCUAUGUCUUGAACGCUUUCAGCGCCGCGGCGUACGGCAUCGCCUCCACACUCUGGGUCACCGAAGCCUUCCCCCGCUGGGCCGCUCCGGCGAUGAUCAUUGUCGGAGGAGGUGGAUACAUGUUGAGUUUCGCAACAUCUUAUGCAGUCACCCCGUGGCUCAAGUCACAGGGUUACCUCGGCGCCAGUUUCGAGCUGGGCGCCAUCUUACUUGUGGUGGGUGGCAUCGCUGUGCCGCUCGCGUUCUGGGGAAAGAGCUUGCGGCAGUAUAUCCAUGGAAGAUGGGGUGUAUCGGAGGCCGGCGCGCUGCGUCCACAGUAG